AUGCCGGUGGACUACGAAUGCACUUUUUAUGGCAAUCGGGAACGCUCUACUCCUCUAUCUUACGCCCUUGCUUCCGAAAUUAGCGAGAUUCUCAGAGACGCCCGGGUUCCCUGCUUGUUGAUAGAGGAUCUUAUGUUCAGGGUUUUGGGGAUUGACGGUUGCAAUAAGCACCUGGACUUGGCGCUCGAAGAUUCUCACUUGGACUACGCCAUCGAUAUUCUCAGAGGAGAAGGCUUCGACGACAAGACGUACCCAAACUGCUCCACCCUCCUAGACGAGCUCGACAAGGCGGGUGAGGCCCAUUUCCAGCCCGCUCAUUGGUUUCAUCUAUGCGACAGGACCCCUUUACCUCGCAGAAUCCCUCCUGAUUCAAUGGGCUCUGCCCACCCAGACGACGAUGAAAAGGCUCACGUGGACCUUCGCCUAUACCGGAUGUCAGAAUACUUCUGGGCCCUUCCGGAACUCCCCCCCGUCAGAUCGCUGCUGACAACCGGGGAUUACAUCUGGACACACGACCACCGGCUGCCUGCUCAUUACCUGGGAACUGAUCCAAGUCAAAACUCGGGCUUAUUUCCGCCUGAUAUACCUCCUGUCCUGAUUCCCAGUCCGGCUCGUGUGAUCGAGUCAUUAAUCCGCCUUAAAGCGCGGGAUAGCAAACGCCCAUGUCGUGGGAGGUUCUGGCACCUGAGACUUGCCUAUUUCAUGACGGUCGGAAGGAGUGAAAUUGCUCCCGGGCGUGCUCCCCCAAUCGGGGGUGCGUUGUAUGAACCUGAUGCUUUUGACGGGUGGCAAUAG